UCGACGUCAACUCGACUCCAAGAAUGAUCGCGAAAAGCUGGACGGUCUGAAACGUCUGAUUGCGGUUCGUACGAUUGAAGAAAAAAGGGGGAAAAGCACGGUUAACACUAACUCAUGCCAUCAAAAACCCACCUUUCUCUUUUAUUUUCCUUUCGCCUCGUACUGCGAACGGUUAGAUGAUUUCGAAAGGCCGUGAUGUGUCCGAGUUUUUCCCGGAUGUCGUAAAGAAUGUCGUUUCUCACAAUAUCGAAGUGCGCAAACUUGUGUACAUCUAUCUGUUACGUUACGCUGAACAAGAGCCGGACUUGGCACUGUUAUCGAUCAACUCGUUUCAAAAGGAUUUAAGCGAUAAGAACCAAAUCAUUCGAGCCAUGGCCCUGCGCGUUAUGAGCGGAAUCCGCGUUCCCGUCAUCAGUCCCAUUGUAUUAUUAGGUAUCAAGAAAUGUAUCACCGACGGAAGCCCCUAUGUUCGAAAGACAGCCGCCCAUGCCAUACCGAAAUGUUACAGUCUGGAUCCUUCGCAGAAAGAGUCCCUCAUCGAAAUCAUUGCCAUUUUGCUCAAAGACCGAUCCAAUAUCACCAUCGGCAGCACAAUUAUGGCUUUCAACGAACUAUGUCCAAACCGCUUCGAUUUGAUUCAUCCAUGUUUCAGGAAAUUAUGCGGUGUACUUGCUGACUGUGAUGAGUGGGGACAAAUGGCCAUUCUCGGCGUAUUGCUACGUUAUGGCAGAACUCAAUUUCUCAAUCCAAAUCCUCACGGAGAAGAUACAUCACGCACACGUCCGACAACUUCUACCACUGUCAAAACAAGCAAUUUUUAUUCAGACGAAUCGGAAACCGAAACGGAAUCGGACGAUGUAGCGGUGGACGAUGUGGUCGAGUUGGAUGAGGAUCAUGAACUUUUGCUCAAGAGCUGUAUACCAUUACUGCAGAGUCGCAACAGUGGCGUCGUUCUUGCAGUAGCCAAGCUCUUUUAUCAUCUUGCUCCUGCUUCUGAAGCGGAAAAGAUUGCCAAACCUCUGAUUCGCCUACUGAGAAAUCAUCGUGAAUUACAAUUUGUCGUAUUAACCAAUAUUGCCACCAUGGCACUGAAACGACCAUACCUCUUUGAACCUUUCUUACAACACUUUUACGUACAAUCUACCGAAGUCGGUUUUAUUCGCGAUAUCAAACUGGACAUCAUGACAAGCAUUGCCACCGAAAGCAAUGUGCAUAUGCUUCUGAAUGAACUUCAGCAAUAUGUCAAGAGCGCCAAUAAGGAUUUUGUCGCCGCAUCAAUACAAGCCAUUGGUCGAUGUGCAACCAACGUUCCCACAGCCGCAGAACGGUGUUUGCGUCUGUUGAUGAAACUUCUCCGUAGCAGUAAUGAACUGGUGGUAGCCGAAUCUGUGGUUGUCGUGACCCAUCUGUUGCAAGAUAAACAGCAAGAUCAAUCACGCUCUAUCAUCGCUCUUGCUAAGUUACUGGAAACUAUCAAAGUAUCGACGGCACGCGCCAAUAUCAUUUCGCUGAUCGGUCAUCACGCAAAGGAAUUACCCAAAGUCGGACCGGACGUACUACGCCAAGCUGUAAAAUCAUUUACAGAGGAGAGUACAACCAGCAAGCUGCAAAUUCUUACACUUUCUGCUAAAUUGGUUUGCUUGAAUCCAUCACACCCAACUUUGAACAAGUUGAAUCAGUAUGUACUGAAUCUCGCUCGGUACGACUUGAAUUACGACCUUCGAGAUCGAGCUCGAUUCCUCCGUGCGCUCACCAUCCCUAAUGCGAGCGACGACCAACCCCAACUGAACAUUUUGAAAGACCAUAUGAAGGACAUUCUCUUUAGCGAUAAAGUACCCGCCAUUAUCCAGAGCGACGUUAUCAACGCCUCUGAUUAUACCAUCGGUUCCUUGUCAUUGUUGGCAUCACAGGCACUGCCAGGAUAUGAGCCACUGCCGGACUAUCCUGAAGAGCAACCGGAUCCGUCCGUCCGCGACGUGGAAGAAUUAGACGGUUGGAGCGGUAGUCGUACUCGACUGAUGGAACCGGAAGGAUUUGGCAGUGACAGUUUCCAGGGACGGUACCGUGGCGAUCAUUUCGCAAGUGCAUCGACAGCGUUGUCGGGUAUUGAAGCCACCGGAAUGAGUAGCUUCCGUGGAUCGACAGGGAAGAACAUGGGGCUUGAUAACGACUUGGAUGCAUUUUACGACGAUGAAACAAGCGAAGAAGAAUCGAGUGACGAUGAGGAUAGUGAUACAGAUGAUGAUUCCGACAGUGUUUCUUCCGAUGAUGAUGAUGAUGAUGAAGAUGACGAUGAUGAAGAGACGUCUUCAGAUGAAGCAGAAUCCGUAGGCGAAAAAGGGGAAGAGAAAGCGGCAGAAACGGAUGAUGACAGUUCAGACGAUGAACAACAUAGAGACAAUCAUCACACUUUGUUACAUAAGAAAUGAGCGUCUCUUGAUGUAUUAUAUAUGGGAUAUCUCCUACAAUUUGCGUUUUUCAGUCGCGCAUGUUUAAAAAUGAUACAGUCUUUGAAUACACGACU